AUGGUGCUGAAAUUGGCUUGCGCUGAGUGUUGGUGUCCAGCUCGGAGUAAAUGUGCACGGCAUCCUCAAGUCGUCUACAAUAAUGUAUUCAAUAAAGCCACGUAUCAGGUGAAGCGAAGCAGCAGUGUUGGGUGUAUCGUAGUGUCGAUCUAUCCCACACAGAGCAAAAGAGCUUUCGCCAACGACGUAAUCCCCAGAUACUGCAUUUAA